CUUCUCCAGUAAAAAGUGUUGAUAGUCAUACGUUGGUGAGUUACGUGGAUAAAUCAAACAUAGACGAUGAAAUUGUUCCCUACAAAGUACUUAAAACAUCUAAUGAUGAACUGAAGAGUGAACUGGGCGACUUGGAAAAAUGUAUUGUAAAAUCAGUGCAAGAUUUUGAAGAUUUGUUAGAUUCUGUCUCUACGGAUUUCGAAAAGUUUUCUAUAGAGUCGUUUCACAGUUUCGUUAAAAAUGAGUCGAAGACGUCGCCGUUUGAGUAUCCUAGAGUGAGCGAGGACAGUUUCGGAAAUAAGAUUUGUAUUUUGGGUGUGAACGGAACAAGAAUUUUCGAAGAUCGCUUGAGUACGAUAGAUUGGAGCGAUUACAAGAAGGCGACUUUCGAUUUACUCAAUGUGGUCUUCGGUGAGGAGGUUUUGGCUACUCACACGUUGACGAGAAGACGACCGAAGAUGCCUCAAUUGGAGACGAACAAAGUCGAGGAUAUAAUUUCCAUCGUGACUGCUAAAUGUAACACUUACGAUUUCGAUGUGUACGAGACGAUUUCGAUGCGUUGCAACUAUUUGCAUAUGCAUUACAAAAAACGUAUGGCAGAAUUACAGAGAUUCAAUGCAGAUGAACAUUAAUAUUUGCAUUAUAAUUAUUUGUAAAUCGUCUUUUUCAUUUGUAAUAAAAAUAUUUGUGUGUUUU